AUGUGGGUGGAGAAGUAUCGCCCGAGCCGGCUCGCGGACGUCGCCGCGCACAAAGACAUCAUCGACACGAUCGGGCGACUCACGAAGGAGGACAAGCUGCCGCAUCUUCUUCUGUACGGGCCUCCGGGGACGGGGAAGACGUCCACGAUCUUGGCCGUCGCGAAGGAGCUGUACGGACCCGCGUUCGCGCAGAUGACGCUGGAGUUGAACGCGUCCGACGACCGCGGCAUCGACGUCGUGCGGAACGAGAUCCAAUCCUUCGCGUCCACGAUGCGCUUCAACGCGACCGGGUUCAAGCUCAUCAUCCUCGACGAGUGCGACAGCAUGACGAAAGACGCGCAGUUCGCGCUGCGUCGCGUCAUUGAAAAAUACACGAAACACACGCGCUUCUGCCUCAUCGGAAACUACGUCUCUAAGAUCAUCCCGGCGUUGCAGUCGCGAUGCACGCGGUUCAGGUUCGCGCCGCUCGGCCCGGAGAGCGUCCGCGAGCGCGUCAAGCACGUCGUCGCGAGCGAGGGCGUGGAGAUCACGGAAGAGGGGCUCGCCGCGGUGCAGACGCUCGGCGCCGGGGACAUGCGUCGCACGCUGAACAUUCUUCAGGCGCGUUCGUAUUCACACUGGUCCCCAUACGACCCCGUUGGCGAGGACCCCGCCGCGCCGCUCGACGCCGACGCCGUCUACGCGACGACCGGGCAACCGCGCCCCGCGGACGUCGAGGCCAUCGCGGGGGUGUUACUCAACGAGCCGUUCGCGGAGGCGGUGGCGCGGGUGGAGGAGAUCAAGACGUCGCGCGGGCUCGCGCUCGGCGACGUCGCGAGGCUGCUGUGCGAGUACGUCUUCCGGCUGCACAUGCCGCCGACGGCGCGCGCGGCGCUCGUGUCGGAGAUGGCGGACGUCGAGCACCGGCUGGCGUACGUGACGCACGAGCGGAUGCAGUUGUUGGCGCUCGUGGGGGCGUUCUCGAACGCGAAGGAGGCGAUCGUGAACGCGGCGCAGUGA